AAAAGCACUACAGUGUGAACUGUAUCAACACAAACAACUCUAUCACAAUUACGUGAAGCGAUACAGCAAAGAAAUCUUCGGGAAUUUUACGGAUAUUCGUGAGGGAAAAUGGAUCCUUGUGAUUGCUCAAAGACUGGAACUUGCAACUGCGGUGCCACCUGCAAGUGUACUAACUGCCAGUGUACAACCUGCAAGAAGAGUUGCUGUUCUUGCUGCCCAUCUGGCUGCAGUAAGUGCGCCUCAGGCUGCGUAUGUAAGGGCAAUUCCUGUGACUCCAGCUGUUGUCAAUGAGGAGGUCAACGCGGCGUUUCCUACAAUGUGAACCUUGUCAUCGUCGUGCAUUGCCUUAUUAAUGAUGUCUUUUACGAGAUAAUAAAUUACCUUCAGUUACUGUCAAAUCUGUUUCACUGAUUUGUACUGCUAAAAGAAUUUCCCUUGAUGGAUGCUCUUUAUAAAUGUAACCUUUCGCACUGUCUCAAAUAUAUAAAUGUAAGCAGUUCUUGGC